GACUACAUUCAUGAUCAAUUUCAUACUCUGUUCCAGAAGCCUGCUUUCAUGGCCGAUUUGGCCAGUGAUAGAGUGCCGACGGUCAUCCUACUUGCCAUCAUCGCACUCUCGGCACGCUUCUCUUCUCAUGAGUAUUUUCAAGGCUCAAGCCCACGUACCCGCGGCGUACAGUAUGCGGGAAGAGCUUCCCAACUACUCGAUCCAAGUGAUGUCAGUUUGACCUGCAUACAAGCAUGCGUCCUGCUGGGAGCUUGUCGUAUCGUCGAGGGAGACUCUGCUGGAGAGGCAGUCUAUUAUGGCAUGGCCUGCAGGAUGGCACAGUUGCUCGACCUGGCACAUUGUAACUGUGACAGUCGACUAGAAAGAGAAAUCAAUGUUCGUGGUAUGUUUACCUCUGUCAUGACAUGUACGCCGGGUAGCACAACAGCAUUGCCUUUCUGGCAUACGCUCGUUAUGAUCGACGAAUGGUCUUCCUCGGGUGUUGGUGUACCACGACAGAUUGCGAACCCCCCAGAUCAUGUCCCACUGCCAACGGAAGAGAUGGCUUUCCUGGGGUUGCGACGACAAGACCCACUCUACGUCCUGAACCCCAUCCAUCAUCCUUUUCAACCCACGUCUUUGCUUGGGCAGAUGAUCGUGCUCAACGGUAUAUUUCGCCAGGUCAACAAGUUGAACAGUCAAGUCGCUCAGAGUCAGGAUACACCUCCAAACAUUACCGCCAUUCAUGAGUUGACAAACAAGCUCGAUAUCUGGGAGGCGUCCCUGCCCGACUAUAUGCGAGACAACAGGUCAAAUCUCGCACACUACGCUGCACAAGGUCUUGGCCGCAUAUUCGUUGCUGUGUAUCUUGGGUACUAUCACUACGGUCAGCUGCUCAUGUACCAAUUCCUCCACCAUGAUGCCAGCGAUGAUCCGACUAUCACCGCCUUCUCUCAAAGAUGCAAAGAUCAUGCUCGAAAGCUGUGUGAUAUGGUCUACGCCGCCUUGGACACCCCGGGUUGUGAUGUCCUAUACAACAUGGUUGGUCACGUUCUUGUCAUCGCCUCUACCGUGCAAAUCCACACCCUGCUGUUCUCGUCCCACAGGUCAGAGAUCGAUGCCGCUCGUAGCCGUCUUGAGCGCAACUAUACCAUACUUCUUCGUCUGCGCGAUCUUUGGCCAUCGCUUGACUUUUGUAUGAUGCGAUUGCAGGUUUUCCACAAAGCUUGCGUGACUUCGAUGGAGACGUCAUUCAGACUUGACGCAUGGAUGCUGAAGUUCCUGUCGGAGUUUGCAAAACCUGUCAAGGACAAACAGAGUCCAGGUGAUGCCGAGGCCAAUGGGUGGGCGAUAGGUGAUAUUGCUGUCACUCCAACAUCAGACUUUGGCCUGGAUUCAUUAACGGCAAUACUUUUGCUAAUCCAGGACUAUGGAUCUGACUUGGCAAGAGUGGCACGGCACGACAGAGACUGGGCACAGCACCCCUCGACUCGCGCUCAGGACGAUGACGUAUCAGACGUCGGCGACAGCCCUUUCUGGGCAACUGAUGAAGACAACGACGAAGGACAACAUGGCGAAGGACGUCAGCAUGAUGGAGACGAUGGGCGCCUAUCCAUAACUCCUGAAGCCGAUUCUCCUCGCCUACCUGCCUCAACACCACUUGAUCAACUCUUCAGCGACGUUGAGGCACAGGAACGUGAGGAGCAGCAUCUGAAGAUGGAAGGCCCUGUGCCCCUUCAUGUUCGCCUCCAUGACACCAGCAACAUGGUGGUCUUUGGCUACAGCGAUCCAGGUGGUCCGAGAACAACAAAAGAACACCAAUCUCAAUCUGCCGAGCAAGAGAUCGACAAUAAUGUCGAAAUCCAGGAUACCGACACCCUUUCCAGAGACUACGCCUUCGAGAUCAACUACAUGGUCUGCCACGAAUGGGCCAUACGUCAUCAAGACGAGCUUUGA